AUGUCGAAUUCGCGUUCGACAGUCCCGAAAAUUAUUAUCAAGGCUCGACAUAGUGCGUCCAACAACGAGCCUGAAGCUUCCACUUCACAACAGCACGAGGGGAGGCCUAGGAGGGGAAGGAGAGCCGCCGCGGCCAAGCACGGAGAGACUGAGGAAGAGGUGGAUGUUGAAGCGGAAGCAGGAGGGGAACAGACCGAAGAGCAGGAUGAGGGUGGCGGGGAAGAAGUUGAAGGCGACGCGGAGGGAGAGCUGGACGUAAGUGUGGAUGGAGAUGACGGGGAUGGCGAAUAUAAUGAAGACCAGGGCGACGAUGAAGAUGCGGACGCUAUGAAUGUUGACCGACCUGAGGCUGAACCUGAACCUGAAGUUGUGGUACCAGCCCCGCGCAAACGCGGUCGUCCGCGCGGACGUGGACGCGGUGGUGGAUUUGCGGGGUCGACUGCUCCUCGUCCUCGAGGGAGGCCUCCUGGUCGUGGUCGUGCUCGAGGACGCGGUCGUGUCACCAUCAAGCUCCCAAAGAGGGGAGAUGAGGAUGAUGAGGAUGGGGAAGGAGCGGACGUCGACGCGAGGCCUUUUAGGAAGAUUCAGGGACAGGUCUAUGUCAUUGAGGGAGACGAGUUUGUCACACCAGACGACCCCAAAGGCGAUGAAAAGAUUGACAAGCACGGAAACUUGCUUGGAGGUCGCAAAUUCAAGGCUCAAACUUUCAUCCUUCCCACUCGAGACCCUCAUCGCCAAUACAUGCUUGCUAUUGACGCUGCUCGAACUUCGGGGUUCAGAGAUUCCCUUUAUUACUUCCGACGAAACCUUUUGGCUCUCAAGCUGAAUGCGACACAGCCAGAAAAGGAUUAUCUUAUUGCGGAGGGCAAGCUGGGCUCGCACCUGCGGACAAGGAGUGUCACCCUUAUCACAGCCCGGAGUGCGUACAAGCUGCAUGGGGCAAAGAUGAUUGUCGACGGCAGAUGGGUGAUAGACGAUUACUACGAAGAAAAGUCAUUGGCAGAGAUUACAGAAAAAGGUCUCAAAGCCGGUGACCUGGUUGGCGAACUAUUUGAUGCAACCGCCGCGUCGUCCUCUGGUGUCCCUUCCGGCGAACUUGCGGCUCUCGACCGCUCAGGUGCCCUUGGCGCCUCGUCGACUCUGGGCGGAAGUAUGUACCGCCCUGGAGGUCCCACUACGAUAUUUGGUGGGAGUGGUUGGGGCCCGUAUAGCGACGGUCCCUUGAAUGCGGUGAGGAAGAGUCUAUUGACGAGGGAUGGAGUUUUGGAAGAGAAUUGGAUGUUCAUGAUGGCCGGGAGGGUGAGGGAGGCAGAUGAGGAGUGGGCCAGGUGGAGGGCUGAAGCGAGGAAGGCAUUGUCUGUAGAUGGCGUGUGGGUUGGGGAGGUCCCUGUCCCUGGAGCUUCUAAUGACAAGGGGAAGGAGGUGGUUCAAGAGGGAGGAGAUGCGGAGAACAAGGAGGCAGAGGAGAAGAAGCCCCUUGGCGUGUAUGAACCCCAUUCACAUCUUAUUCACUAUCGAUCCGAUACGCAGCCAACGUCUGCCCGGUGGGAGCAACUGGAGGAUUCGAAGACGGAUCCGUUAAAGAGAAGGGUUCUGGGAGGCACCAAAGCAGGCAAUGGUGCAUGGGGUUUGGCGUGGGUUGAUACAGUCAUGGAGGUUCCGGAAGAACCUUUUGACGAGCACCGGGAAGCGAGAGAGUGGUUGUGGAGAGAGGUAGAGAGGGAAGAAAGAGAGAGGGAAAGGGCACAUACGGUGGAAGUGUCGUAA